GUUGAUUCUUUUUUUAGUCAAAGUGGAUUUUAUAGAUACUUUGGAUACCUUUUUAUAUACUUUGAAGUUUGUUUGCCUACCUUUUGGCAUUACAAAGGUGUAAGUGAGGGAAGUGGGACAGUCAGAGUAGAGGGAGGAGCUGCAGGGUUCACCAUGUAUGGAAUACAGCUCAGUUUAUAUGGUAAAUAGAUGGUCACAUGGGGCAAUGGUUUUGAAGCAGCAGGGAGAAAAGGGAGGGAAAGGAACAAGUAGAGAGUGAGGAGAUACUCUGGAGGACUUUGGCCUGCCUCAUGUGCAGAACAAGGCACUUUCGCCCUGAUUUUAGAGCCCACUGGAUCACAUUACAAAAAGAGGAGGAAGGAAACAGCAGAUUUAUACUUUUUUCCUCUUCCCUGCGGGAGUGAAAGUUCAACAGCUAGUGCCGUCUUGGUUGUCGUCACUGGAGACCUCUUCAUACUUUCUUAAGCGGAAGUAAAAAUCCGGGAUGCCCACCAACUUCACUGUAGUCCCAGUGGAGGAUGCAGAGAAAGGCAGCCAGAGCGCAGUCGCAGCUGGAGGCAGCAAACCUGUCAAUCGGGGCAAACUUUUUGGGGAGGAAGACAAUGGGGACAACUUAGAAGGACCUCACUCAGGAGAUGACAGUCAAAGAGAAUCCAGUCCAUUCAUCAACUCUGAAAGUGACAGAGAACACUAUUAUGAAGGCAAGAACAUGGCCCUGUUUGAGGAGGAAAUGGACAGUAACCCUAUGGUAUCGUCUCUUCUCAACAAGCUGGCCAACUACACCAACCUGACCCAGGGUGUUCGUGAGCACGAGGAGGCCGAGAACGAGGAGGGGGUCAGGAGGGUCCCUGUCAUGGUCCCCCAGAUGGGAACCUUCAUUGGUGUAUACCUGCCCUGCAUGCAGAACAUCCUGGGUGUGAUUCUCUUCCUGCGUCUCACCUGGAUCGUUGGUACAGCAGGAAUCCUGGGAUCCUUCGCCAUUGUCUCCAUGUGCUGCAUCUGUACCUUGCUCACAGCCAUAUCAAUGAGUGCCAUAGCAACCAAUGGAGUUGUCCCAGCUGGUGGCUCGUACUACAUGAUCUCCAGAUCUUUGGGUCCUGAGUUUGGAGGAGCAGUGGGCCUCUGUUUCUACCUGGGGACCACCUUCGCUGGAUCCUUGUACAUACUGGGCACCAUAGAGAUUCUGCUGACGUACAUUGUUCCAACAGCAACAGUAUUUAAAGAAAGCGAAGAUGGAGCAGUGCUCAACAAUAUGCGCAUCUAUGGCACAUGCUGCUUGGUCCUUAUGGCGCUGGUAGUCUUUGUAGGGGUGAAGUAUGUGAACAAACUGGCUUUGGUGUUUCUGGCCUGUGUGGUUCUCUCAAUCAUGGCCACUUACGCAGGAGUCAUCAAGACGGUCAUUGAACCACCUGUGUUUAAUGUCUGUUUGUUGGGGAAUCGCUCGCUGAAGAACGAAAAUUUUGAAACCUGUGCAAAGAUGGAUGUUGUGAAAAACAACAUUGUGACCACCAACGUCUGGGACCUCUUCUGUGACAGUAAAUAUCCCAACGCCACCUGUGAUGAAUACUUCAUCUUAAACAACUUGACAGAAAUACGGGCAAUACCAGGGCUUCUGAGCGGAGUUAUCAAAGAGAACCUGUGGGGUAACUAUGGUCCAGCUGGUAUGCUGAUAGAGAAGGAAAGCCAGCCCUCAGUACCAGCCCAGGAAAUGUCCAAAGAUAUCAAUAAGCAGUAUGUCUUCAAUGACAUCACCACCUACUUCACUCUGCUAGUGGGAAUAUACUUCCCCUCGGUCACAGGUAUAAUGGCUGGUUCUAAUAGGUCUGGUGAUCUCAGAGAUGCCCAGAGGUCGAUACCUAUUGGAACCAUAAUGGCUAUUCUCACCACCUCUUUCAUCUACAUCUCCUGUGUGGUCUUGUUUGGAGCCUGUAUUGAAGGAGUGGUGCUGAGAGACAAGUUUGGUUACUCAGUAAAGAAGAACCCGGUGAUUGGUAUUCUGGCCUGGCCAUCGCCCUGGGUAAUUGUGAUCGGCUCCUUUUUCUCCUGCUGUGGGGCGGGGCUCCAGAGCCUCACUGGCGCCCCCCGGCUGUUGCAGGCCAUCGCUCGGGAUGGUAUUGUCCCAUUCUUACAGGUCUUUGGUCAUGGGAAGGCUAAUGGCGAGCCUACUUGGGCUCUGUUGCUGACAGUUGGGAUCUGUGAGAUAGGAAUCCUCAUUGCUUCUCUGGAUGAUGUGGCCCCCAUCCUCUCCAUGUUCUUCCUCAUGUGCUAUCUCUUUGUCAACCUGGCCUGUGCUGUACAGACUUUGCUCCGUACUCCCAACUGGAGGCCGCGCUUCAAGUUCUAUCACUGGACCCUGUCCUUCUUAGGGAUGAGUCUGUGUCUGUCCCUUAUGUUUGUCUCCUCCUGGUACUACGCCCUGGUUGCCAUGGUGAUAGCCGGAUGUAUCUACAAGUACAUUGAGUACAGAGGGGCAGUGAAGGAGUGGGGCGACGGUAUCCGAGGCCUGUCCUUAAAUGCAGCACGCUACGCUCUCAUCCGGCUGGAGGAAGCACCACUACACACCAAAAACUGGAGGCCUCAGCUGUUGGUGCUGUGUAAGCUGGACCCAGACCUGGCAGUCAAACACCCCCGUCUCCUGUCAUUCACCACACAGCUCAAAGCAGGCAAGGGGCUGACCAUCGUCUGUUCAGUCCUGGAGGGAACCUACAUGACCCGGGGGAAUGACGCCAAGACUGGAGAGCAGAACUUGAAGGCCGCCAUGGCUGCCGAGCGGACCAAGGGUUUUUCCCAUGUGGUGGUUUCGUCCAACCUGCGCGAUGGUUUCUCCCUGCUCAUCCAGUCAGCCGGACUGGGAGGAAUGAAACACAAUGCUGUCCUGAUGGCCUGGCCAGCAGGCUGGAAGCAAGCCCGUGACUCCUCUGCAAGGAGGAAUUUCAUAGAAACCGUGAGAGAGACAACGGCAGCUCAUCAGGCUCUGAUGGUUGCUAAGAACAUUGACCACUUCCCUGCUAACCAGGAUCGUCUGAAGCAGGGAACCAUUGAUGUGUGGUGGAUCGUACAUGAUGGUGGACUGCUCAUGCUGCUGCCAUUUUUACUCAGUCAACAUAAGGUGUGGAGGAAGUGCAAAAUGCGAAUCUUCACAGUAGCCCAGAUGGAUGACAACUCCAUCCAGAUGAAGAAAGAUCUCCAGAUGUUUCUCUACCAUCUACGACUGGACGCAGUGGUGGAGGUGGUGGAAAUGCAUGACAGUGACAUCUCAGCCUUCACCUAUGAGAAGACGCUGGUGAUGGAGCAGAGAUCUCAGAUGCUCAAACAGAUGCAGCUGUCUCGCACUGAGAGGGAGAGAGAGAUUCAGAGCAUCACAGAUGUAUCACGUGGCUCCAUAAGGAGGAAGAAGUCGUCAGGUGUUGACGCCCCACCCCUCAUCACCCUGUGCAUACCAGAGGAUGAGGCCCAGUUGAUCCACGACCGCAACACGGCCUCUCAUUCUAUAAUGAACGACAAAGCUGCAGUCGCUACACCAGAUCACGUGCACAUGACCUGGACCAAGGAUAAACUGGUCAACGAGAGGAACAGACACAGAGAAGGCAUGGCAGUUAAGGACAUGUUUAAUAUGAAACCUGAGUGGGAGAAUCUCAACCAGUCCAACGUGCGGAGGAUGCACACAGCUGUGAAGCUCAAUGAGGCGGUCGUCAAGAAAUCCUGCAAUUCACAGCUGGUCUUGCUCAACAUGCCAGGCCCACCGAAGAACAAGAAAGGGGAUGAGAACUAUAUGGAGUUUUUGGAGGUUCUGAUGGAAGGCUUGGAUCGUGUCCUGUUGGUUCGUGGAGGAGGUCGGGAGGUCAUUACCAUCUACUCUUAGAAUCAAUUGCUUAGAAGGACACUGGAAGAAAACAUGGUUGGACAGGGGGUACCCAGAGGGCGGGGAGGGGGGUUGACAAAGGAGGACAUCGCUUCAAGGUGGGACAUGGACAAAGAUGUCUGACAGAGGAAGUACAGUAGAAAAUCCCCUCACACUGUCAGGAGAAAAAGAGCAGGAGUGCUGUUAACAUUUUGGAGGACUACGGUCCCUGUGAAGGACAGGGGACUCUUCCUGCUCCACAGCUGGGGCUCAGUGUGUCGUCCGAGGGCACGGAGGGCUCUCCGCACCCUAUCCUCCUGGGGCCCCUUAACUCCCCCACACUGUGAGGCUGCCCUGUGGAGACGUUGUUUCUCAUUUGAGUAUGUUAUAUUUCUUCACCAGACACCUUUUUGGAAGAAAGAACACUAACUACAACUUGUCUCUAUUUUUAGCAUUUCGUAGCUUUCAGUAGCCAACAGCAAGCCCAUCGGUUUCAGUGAGGAACGCGGACAUAGAUGACAGUGUCUUUGUUUCAGUGUCAUUGAGACCACUUUUAACUGACACAUAGUAUGACUGACUUUGGAAUGGAAGGAUGAGUUAUGCAUGUUUUUAAGUCAUUAUAUUUUACAGAAUAUCAUGUUUGCCUCGUAUCACUGCACAGGAAGUUAGAACAAAAGUUUCACCGAUUACUAGGCCACGAGUUUCCGAGUAAAUGUGGCAGUGUUGGUUGGAAUCAGCUAUUAAGGUUGUCUUGAACAUUGCUCACCUGUUGUAAUGUCAGAGAUAACAUUAAUGUGCCAUGGAACACUAUGUGUUGUGUUGCUUCAUACAAUUUUAUGUGGAUGGACCAAUCCAAAAUAAAGGUAUAGGAAUCAGAUGCCAGAGCAGAACCGAACAGUGGUUGAUGCCUGGAUUAUAUACAGGCACCUGUAAGCCAUUUGAACAUAAUACCAGUACUGUGCUACCAUCUCUGUUUGGAUAGGGAAACAGAGUCGCACCUAGGAAAUGGGUUCAAAAUCUUUGUUAGAGUGCACUGGACAGAAUAGUUUUUUUUCUAGAUGUUCAAGAAAGUCUUUGAAGAUUCUGGUUAUACUUUCAGUAAGUUUUGUUAAAAAAAAACCUGCUGGGUUUAUAAAAUAAUUUGGAAAAACAGAUAUUAGCCUCUGUGACUUUUUUUUUUUUAAACUAGAGACAAUUAUUAAAGAAUAUUCAAGUGAGGAUAUUAGAUCUGGUGAAAACCUAAUCCACGAUGGAAUUAUUCAUCUUCAUCAACAUGUUCAAGGAGAUGGGAGAUGUGCAUAUUCCACCAUCAGUUGUUCAGCAUUGUAAUAUCAAAGGUUCUGAUUUCUAAUUUUUUACCUUCAAGACAGGUAAAAGUGUCUCAUGAAUAGACAGAUUUUCCCAAAUCUUUGAAGAUUAGGUUCGAAAGACUCAGUAGUAUAUAGUUUGACUUCACAAUCAAUAGAUGCAAAUUCUGUAAAGAACUUGCUUUUAAACGGAGAGUUUCUGCAGAUUUUAGUUCAGUUUUAACAUCUGAGGUCAAAAUUAGAGAGGAUUAUAUACGUCCAUCUGUAUCAGUGCUUUGGGGAUCAUUUGUCUGUAUAAAUGAUGACCGAGAUAAUAGGCUCACCCAAAGUGAGAAGUGUUGAUUCAAACUUGGAAAGAACCACCCAUAACAUGUCACAAAACAUAAAUCUAUACCCACUUACAGACAAAAGGCCGGAAAGGUCAAAGCAGGAAGUCAGCGAUCAAAGGAAAUGAAGCCGAAUGAGUGGUUGGUUAGGCAGAUGUAGAGCUCUGUAAAUUCUCUGAUUGCCUUCUUCUCGUCUCAGCUCUAAUUUUCCUUCCUGUUCUUUUGCCUCUACUUUGUAAAGAGAACCCGGCUUGUCUCACAAAGCAGAGUCAGUCAGUUAGCCAGCUCAUUUUGUACUGUUCUUGGCUUUUCAGUUUCACAAAGAUGUUAACAGUCCACCAAGUGGCUUACAGCGGUCACUAAACAUGAAGUAGCAGGUGGUGUCAGUAUCUAACAAAAUUUACAACUGAUUAUUUUGUCCUGGCUUUGUGAAUAGAAAAUGUUUUUAUAAACUCAAUGAUAUGAAAUAAAUGGUACACUGUGUGCUAACAACAGCCAGUGCCCAAACUUUUAUCUUUAAAAAGAAGAUGGUCUGCACUCUCUGAAUAGGCUCCCAAUAAUUUAUCCCUGCGACAUUUUUGUCAAGUAUACCUCCAAAUAUUUUUCUCAAACACAGUACUUCUUUCUAAAUCAACAGCACAAACGUCAUGACUGUUAAAGAUUCACCGUUAUUUGUGUUUUGAUUAUAAUAGAUCUUGAAAAAAAAAAAAACAAUACCACAAUUUCAGGCCAACAACAUUCCAGUUCUAGCUACAUGUAUGCUGUUUCACAUAUUAAAAUGUCAAUCACAAUUUAAAGCCUGUAAAAUAUGUUCACUCUAAUUUAAAACAUACUACUACGAGUGUUUCUUGACAGUUAUUUUCAUCUGUUCCUAUCACUGCUAUUUAUAUUCUGGUGCUGUGCUUAGUUUUGCUGACUUUUACCUUACAGAACCUUUACUUUUUGCUGCUGCAAAGAUUUAAUUUCUCAACAAAGAUCUGUCAUCUAAUUUCAUCUCAUUUAAUAUGCUGCUCUGUAUUUGAAGAUGUUGUCUAAUGUUCCCCAAAGACAUCACUGUGUUAUCUCACAUGAUCAGACAGGGCUGCGUGGUUUGUGGCUGAGUUACCAGAGCCAGUUGUUAAUCAGUUUUGUGAGACCAGGUCCAUGUGGAUUGUACGUGGAUAGCUGAGUUAUCUGGAUUAGAUUGUUGAUUAUUUUUUGUCAGAGCAACAAGUCCCUAAACCCAAACCUGCAAAAGUUAGAGAUACAAACAAGGGAGGUCACAGAUACAAAUGACUCACUUUUUUAGAUUUAUAAUGAAAGAACGUUGAUCUAAUUAUGAUAUUUAGAUGAGAGUAUGCAGGUUAUUGAGAAAACAUGAUCUGUAGGUGUAAUUAUCACAAUUUAAUUUUCACAAUGAACAGUUACCAUAUACUGUACAAAUAAAAUUUCUACACUAUAAAAAGAACUAUGAACAAAAAAAAAAAACAUAAACUCAACUACAAAAAUCUCACUGUAUAAAGACCAAUGGAGCCAUACGGAAUUUAAUUUGACAUUGAAAUGGGAAUUUGUCAUUUACAUGCUAAAACUUAUUAAUGAUUUGCUGCAGAGUGCACGUUGGUUUAAAAAAUGUUUUAUGCAAGUAAAACUGCUUUUUGAGAGGUUUUUUUUGAGAGAUUAGUAAAGUUUCAUUUUCAUAGCAGGUUUAUGAUUAUCACUGAAAAAUCUCUUGCAUGUCCACUGGGAAGAGCCUCAAUGAACCUGCACCCAACAUCACUUGUAGUCUGACCACAUUCACUGGUAAGAUCUAAUUAUUUACCAGUGAUCAAAGACUGGAAACAGGGUAGGAACACGCAUAAAAGAGAGACUUAUCUCCAUUAAUCCAUUGCACCAGUGGGUGCUGAGAGGGCUCCCAACACACCUACCUCAUGUAACUGCAAUCCCAAUCAAGACUCACCUGUUUUGCAUUUAUUUCAUAUUCAGGAUAACCUUAUCUUGAACAACAACUAACUCUUGUCACCAAUGUUAAAAGUUUUUUUUUUUUUUAAUGUAACAGCACCCCUUAUUAAAAAUUGAUUUUGGACUGUUAUAUAUGCUCAGAGGGACAAUUAUUGUCAAAUGGAAUCCAUUCCUGUCUGACCCAGAUGAAAGUCGAGCUGGAUUGUUGUCAUCUAUUACAUAACGGGCCCAGGUUCAGUUUCCAAAAUUCAAUUUAAACCCAAAAUCAUCAUUGUCUCUUGGCUCACAAAAGAACAAAAAACAAUCUUGGAGCUGCUGUUGGGGAACUUGGCCCAGGAUAAAUGGCUUCCUGUUUGUCCCGCUGAGCGGUUAGCUGGGUCAGCACGCACAGAACAACAACAACAACCUACCCGGUCUGAUGCUCUGAUCACUGUCUGAACUACAGCUCUGCUACACUGUCUGCUGUUGUCUGUAAUCCUAACUCUUUGCUCAGUUUAAAGCAUAGGCUGAGAUUCAGAACCCAAUUUGACACUUUAUUGGUUCCUCAAUGACAAUCUUGUCCUCUGGCCAGGACCCAGUUAUAAAACACAAACACCACAAGCAUCACCUAUUAAAUUCCAGAGCUCCUGACAAGCCAUAAGGGGAAAUGAUGGGUUCACAGAGUCUUGAUUUUUAUAAAUGUGGGAUUUUUUAUCAUCAAAGUUGUGCAAGAUUUUUGCCAUGCAGAACUUCUUGCUUCUGUUGUUUACGUUCAACUGAAGUUGCAAAGAAAGGGCACCAUGAGAGAUGUCCCAAAAAACAUGUAUGUAUGUGCGUUAUAGCAGGUUAUGGGUAUGUUUUCUCUCAUGGAGACAGAACUCAGAAAGUUCAAAUUUGAAAUAGCUGUUUUAUGUGGAAACGUAUGAACUGUCCUCAGGGGCCUCUAGCUAUGACAUCAUCAACACGAGACGAGACUCAUGAUCGGCUCUGCACAGAGGCUCUUUGAUUGGAGGGCUACAUUUAGCCUAUCGUUUACUAAAAUGUUACAGUUUCACACGGACACAUGAAAAUGUGUCAGUUACCAGGAUGAACUAGGUCAUAUUGACCCUUGUUCACAGUCAAGUGCAUAGUGCAUGUCUUGUCACAGGUCAGGCAAGUGCAAUGCACUAAUUCUCAACAACUUAAAUGAAUGUGCUCCUAUAUGAAGUGCACCCUUCUUUAGGAAAAUCAUCUGCUGUAAAAGAAAGUGACGUUUCACAUCUUCAUCAAGUGUUAACAGAAAAGCCAGAUCCAUAGGCCAUCCAACACGUUAAUCAGCCUAUAGUUCUGGCAGGACCCAGUGAGAGUAAAAGCCCCCAACAUCAGCACUGGGUCCAUCACUUUGGUUCAGACUGAACUAUCCCAAUAGCUAUCGAAUGGUUUGCCAUGAAAUUUAUUCAGAUAUUUAUGGUGCACAGCGGAUGAAUCCAACUGACAUUAGUGAUCCCCCUUUCUUGUAGAGCCACUUAAUGUAUUCGUAUAACCCCAGUGCCUAGAGGAAGAAUCCUACUGAUUGUGUAUCUAGCACCACCAACCAAGUCUUCACUGAUCCGGUGUAAGCGAAAACAUCUACUGUACAUUUUGCCAUGAAAUUGACUACAGAUAUCCAUGGUCCCUGGAGAAUGAAUCCUACUGACCCUGUCUAUCCCUGGCUUUUACUCUAGCACAACAGUGAAGCUGGCAUUUGUGUUUUUGAUUGAAAUAUCCAGACAGCUAUUGAAUGGGUCGUCAUGAAAUUUGGUCCAGACAUUCAUGUUCCCCACAAGAAGAAUUGUAAUAACUGUGGCGAUAUCUUAACUUUUCACAUAGCUCUAACAUGCUAAACUAAGGUGAUGAUAAUGGUUGUAGCAUUGUCAUCGUGAACAUGUUAGCAAGCUGACGUUAGCCUUACCUCAAAGCAUGGCUGUUCCAAACUAAAGCUUCACACAGCUGCUAGCAUGGCUGUAGAUCAAUUUGUGUUCUACUCAACAAAAUAUUGCACUGUUCCCAAUAAAAAGGACAAUUGACAAAAAUGUGAGACUCAAUUUCUCUAUCACUGUAGUGUGUUGAACAAAUCUGGUUUUCUUUCUCUUGACAGUCCGGUUUCAAAAUUAGAGUGGUAAAACAGCAGAUCACAACAUACAUACACCAUAAUUCUCUGUAUAUUCCCAUUUUAUAAUCCUGCAUUUACUCAGUUGCUGUUUAGUCCACAUGUCAUUAGCCCACUGCUCCUCACUGUCAGCAAUCACAGGCUCUCUUAACAAAAGAAUAUGUUCAUCACCAAGGCUGGCCACAGCCAUCAUCUCCCCACAGCUUCCCCUGACCUUCCAGUAAUAUUUGAAGCUUUGGCUAAUCAGCGUUUUUACAGAAAUUAUCUGAGCGCUAAAUAUGGGAGAAGAGCCAAGGAGGGAAAACACAAGUGGAUUAGGGAGGGAAUGUAGUCUGCAAAUUCAUAGAAGGACGGAGGGUGAGAGGGAAGAGAAGGAAAGGGAGGGUACCUCUCUCUUCAUCCCAUUAUCAUUCCAAAAUCUGCUAAUAGUGGGGUGUUAACAUCACAACAUGGGUAAUUUCACUGAGACUCCCUGUGACCUUAUUAACCCCUGAAGCUUUGUGUCCUUUAGCCUGGGAAAGAAAAGUCCAACACUAAGUGGCUUCUGUUAAAUUUCAAAUGUAAAAAAAAAACCAAAUCACUGUGAAUUUAAACAAUUUUUUAAUUGGUCUUUGUUGUUUCAGUGUAAAACACGCUAUAG